ACAACGGGUAUUUUUUAUCGUUAUCGUCACGGUCACACUGAUAUUAAAAUUAAUGUGUAAAUAAUAGUUUAAUCUAGUGAUAAGAACCAAAACACCACAAGGGCAGCCACAUGAAAGAGCAAACAACAGGCGCCAAGAAAAACCAACAAAAUCCAGAGGAUUCCCAGUGAAAUUGCGUGGAGAAAAGCAAAAAAAAAAAACGAAAAAAGCAACAGCACCAGCAGAGAAGUCAGCAGAGACGCGAGCAGUGGGCAGAGCUCGCGCCUACGCUUCCUACACCUCCACCUCUCGCUAUUUCUCUCUCCCACCCUUUUUCUUCAUCUACCUCUCUCACUCCCUCUCUGUGCUUGUGUGUGUGUGUGUGUGUGCGCGUGUGUGAGUGUCCGCCUAAUGCUGCUCCCACUCGAACAGUCGCAAACGCAACGGAAGUAAUAAAAAAAAAAACAAAAAACAUAAAGCAACGAAAAGAAAUAAUUAAACGAUACAAGAAAGAAAAUACAUUGACAGUAUUGCUGUUGGCCGAAAGGGAAAAGCGAAAGUCGGAGAAAAAAGCCUCAAGACGCCAGCGAACGUGUCUGCGGAAUCGAACGCCAGUAGGGCAGCGAGAGCGACCGUCAUGCCACUGGCUGACUCCAACAAGGAUCUUCGACAGCAGCAGUUGCAGCAGCAGCAGCUGCAGCCCAACAACAAUGUAGCAGCGGCAGCAGCCCCCCCACUGGACAAUGCGUCACAUGCUGGCAGCCCCAGCGGUAAUGGCAGCGGGAACGGCAGCAGCGGCGUGGCAGGGAUGGGGCUGCAGCUCCGCCAGCGCAUGCAGAUCACCUCAUCCGGGUGCAGCAGUCUGGCGGUCACUCCCAUGGAGCACACGCCCACCGACGAGGAGAGCGGGCCCGUGACAACGGUGACGUCAUCGCAGCGACGCCAGCAGCUGCAACAGGUGCAGCAGUCGGCGCUCCAAGCGGCCCUCGAACAGCAUCACAUCUCACCCACAACCCCAACCCCAGGAGCAAAAGGCGGCGGAGGCCGGGGAGCAGCAGUAAACGAAGCUAAAGCAGGAGUAGCAGCCACAGCCACAGCGACGAGAGGGACAGAAGAAGCGGCAACAGGGGACUCCACAUCGAGUGCGGAUCGAACGCUAUGCCCUCCGCCGGAGCAAAUGGAGCUGAGCGACUCGGAGCACUCGUAUGGGGGGGCACCGGGCAGCGGGGAGUGCGAGAACGAGUUCGAGCUGCGCGAGGUGGUCAAGGAGGGGCACGACAAGGCGGAUCCCUCGCAGUUCGAGCUGCUGCGCGUGCUGGGCGAGGGUAGCUUCGGCAAGGUGUUCCUCGUGCGCAAGAUCAUUGGCAAGGAUGCGGGCACCCUGUACGCGAUGAAGGUGCUGAAGAAGGCCACGCUGAAGGUCAAGGAUCGCGUGCGCAGCACCAACGAGCGCAAGAUCCUGGCCGAUGUGGGGCACGCGUUCAUUGUGCGGCUGCACUACGCCUUCCAGACGCCCGGCAAGCUCUACCUGAUCCUGGACUUUCUGCGCGGCGGCGACCUCUUCACGCGGCUAUCCAAGGAGGUCAUGUUCACCGAGGAGGACGUCAAGUUCUAUCUGGCCGAGCUGGCCCUGGCCAUGAACCACCUGCACACGCUGGGCAUCAUCUACCGCGACCUCAAGCCCGAGAACAUCCUGCUGGACGAGCACGGCCACAUUGCCCUCACCGACUUCGGGCUCUCCAAGCAGCCCCUCGACGGCUCCAAGACGUACAGCUUCUGCGGCACCGUGGAGUACAUGGCCCCGGAGAUCGUCAAUCGGAAGGGGCACGACUUUGCCGCCGACUGGUGGUCCUUUGGCGUCCUCAUGUACGAGAUGCUGACGGGCAAUCUGCCCUUCCACGGCCAAACGCGGCAGGAGACCAUGAACCAGAUCCUGCGCUCGAAGCUCGGGAUGCCCGAGAACCUAUCCCCGGAGGCGCAGUCCCUGCUGAGGGCCCUCUUCAAGCGCAAUCCCCAGAACCGGCUGGGCGCCGGCUCGCAGGGCAUCCUGGACAUCAAGGCCCAUUGCUUCUUUGCGACAAUCGAUUGGGUGCGGCUGGAGAGGAAGCAGGUGCGUCCGCCCUUUAUUCCCGCCGUCAGCCGGGACGACGCCUUCUACUUCGAUGUGGAGUACACGUCAAAGUCCCCCCGCGACUCCCCCGGCGGCCCCAUCUCGGCCUCGGCCCACGAGAUCUUCCGGGGAUUCAGCUUCGUGGCGCCCGUACUGCUGGAGCCACACGGAACGCCCACCUCCCACAGCUGUUCGAGCAGCGCCAGUCCCCUGCACACGGCCACAGGCUUGGGCAUGGGCAUGGGCAUGGGCAUAGGCAUAGGCACGGGCACGGGCACCGCCACGGCGAUGGGGUCGGGGGGAACGCUGACGAGUGCCACCUCCUGCUCCUCCCUGACCACCACCAUGACCACGGGAGCAGCGCCGCGCAGCCUGCCGGGCGUGCUGCCCGGGAACUUCCAUGCGGAGUACAACCUGCUGCAGGAGCUGGGGCGCGGCACCUUCUCCGUGUGCCGCCUGUGCGAGCACCGCGCCUCCAAGAAGCACUACGCGGUGAAGAUCAUCGAGAAGGCGGCGGUGGCGGCUGCCUCGGCCUCCUCCACCUCCGCCGACUGCUGGGAGGAGGUGGAGAUCAUGCUGCGAUACGGCAACCACCCGAACAUCGUCACACUCUACUCGGUGUACGAGGACGCGAGCUCCGCCUAUCUGGUAAUGGAGCUGCUCAAGGGCGGGGAGCUGCUCGACCGCAUCCUGGCCGUGGGCCAGAUGUGCGAGAGCGAGGCCAGCGCCGUGCUGCGGACCAUCGCCUCGUCGGUGGCCUAUCUCCACGAGCACGGGGUCGUCCAUCGCGACCUCAAGCCCUCGAACAUGAUCUACGCCAGCAUGCGCCAGACCCCGGAGACGCUCAAGCUCUGCGACCUAGGCUUCGCCAAGCAGCUGCGGGCGGACAACGGUCUCCUGAUGACGCCGUGCUACACGGCCAACUUUGUGGCCCCCGAGGUGCUGAAGCGGCAGGGGUACGACCUGGCGUGCGACAUCUGGUCGCUGGGAGUGCUGCUCUACAUCAUGCUCUCGGGGCGAACGCCCUUCGCCAGCACGCCCAACGACUCGCCGGAAGUGAUCCUCAAGCGGAUCGGCUCCGGCCACAUUGACUUCAGCAGCAGCCGCUGGGCACUGAUCAGCGCUCCGGUGAAGGAGCUGCUCCGCCAGAUGCUGCACAUAGUGCCCGAGAACCGGCCGACUGUGGCGCAGAUCCUGGAGCACAGCUGGGUGCGGGAUCAGUUUGCCGGGAGUGUCGAGCUGACGGAGUACACCGCGGCGCUGCCACAGCUGUCGCUGGGGGCACAGCAACAGCAGCAGAACCACAUCUCGAUAGCACUGCGCGGUGCCGUGGACGCCACAUUCCGGGCGAUUGCCAUUCCGCAGGCGGCCAACGUGGGACCCGUGGAGCUGUCGAUGCUGGCCAAAAGGCGGGCCAAGGACCGGGCCAAUCUGCAUUCCUAAUCCUGGGCCGCAUCGUGGUGCCCACGACGACAGGCCAAGAGGCAGCUAAUUCGUUUAGUCUUCACCAUAUAUAGUAUUUUGAUCCAUUGCUGUGCAUUUCCCCGUCGCCUGGGCAAGUGGCGUUGCCGCCACAUCAACGAGAAUGGGAAUGGGAAUG